UGAAACAGUACUUUAACAUUCUUUUUACGGUUAUUGCAAAUAUACCACAUUUUAUCUGCUGUAAUGCCAGUCAACUGAAGACGGAAAACUAUGGAAUGAGAAUGGAGAAACGAAAGCUAAUGAAAAAGUAGCAGGGGGCAACUCUCUUCGUUCUCCGGUCUCGCCUUUUCCUCUAUUUCACAGCUUGUUCUCAGUAUUUGGCUUUUGUUUGUGCCUAAGCAAAGAGGGGAGGCGCAUCCGCCGCCGGGAAAUGGUACAGCCCGCCCAUUUGCCGUUAUUGGCACCGGGGGACUCGAUUCAAACUUUUCCCGUGGAGUACAGAAGCCCACGCUUGUCGUCACCGUCGCCGAAGGGAGGGCGUACUAGUAUGACAAACCGGCUCUGUCCCUCGUAGCUGUCAAUAUCUCCUAAGUACGGUGGCAGGACUGAGUUCCUCUCCCCAUCGUUUCUGUGUUUGUGGUAGUGGCCAGUUUUACCCGUUUUUUUUCACGCCGGCUCAAGAUGGCGGCGGUACAGCUGAAGGGUACUAGCCGCUCGGAUUGAGUAGUUUUUAAUCAUAAAGAGAUAAAAAACAAAAUAUUAAUUCGGGAAAUUAGGUUUAAAGAAAUUAUUUAGAACUUGCCCACCCCUGAAUUAUCACAAUCGGAUCUUUGUCAUCGUGUUGACAGAAUUUUCUGUCAAAAUGUUCACGAUCUAGCUGGCUAGCUCGCUGGCUACCACAGGACACCGGAGAGAGGUGGAGAAUGGGAGAGAAGCUGGAACUCAAGUUGAAAUCGCCGGUUGGAGCCGAAGCAGCGGGCUACCCGUGGCCAUUACCAGUAUAUGAUAAGCACCAUGACGCUGCUCAUGAAAUCAUUGAAACCAUACGGUGGGUGUGUGAGGAGAUUCCUGACCUCAAGCUGGCCAUGGAGAACUACGUCCUCAUCGACUACGACACCAAGAGCUUCGAGAGCAUGCAGAGACUGUGCGACAAGUACAACCGAGCCAUCGACAGCAUCCACCAGCUGUGGAAAGGUACCACCCAGCCCAUGAAGCUAAACAAGCGGCCCUCCAACGGCCUGCUUCGCCACAUCCUGCAGCAGGUGUACAACCACUCGGUCACCGACCCCGAGAAACUCAACAACUAUGAGCCCUUCAGCCCGGAGGUGUACGGCGAGACCUCCUUCGACCUGGUGGCGCAGAUCAUCGACGAGAUGGAGAUGAUGGAGGAGGACACCUUCGUGGACCUAGGAAGCGGUGUGGGACAGGUAGUGCUACAGGUUGCCGCGGCGACGAACUGUAAGCAUUACUAUGGGAUUGAGAAGGCGGACAUCCCGGCCAGUUACGCAGAGUCGAUGGACAGGGAGUUUAAGAAGUGGAUGAGGUGGUACGGCAAGAAGCACGGAGAGUACACGCUGGAGCGAGGAGACUUCCUGUCGGAGGAGUGGAAAGACAGAAUCGCCAACACAAGUGUUAUUUUUGUGAACAACUUUGCCUUUGGUCCCGAGGUGGAUCACCAGCUUAAGGAGCGGUUUGCCAACAUGAAGGAAGGUGGCAAAAUCGUAUCCUCAAAACCUUUUGCACCUCUAAAUUUUAGAACUAACAGUCGAAACUUGAGUGACAUUGGCACAAUCAUGAGGGUAGUGGAACUGUCUCCUCUGAGAGGCUCAGUGUCCUGGACUGGGAAGCCGGUUUCCUACUAUCUGCAUACAAUAGACCGCACCAUACUUGAAAACUACUUUUCUAGUCUCAAAAAUCCUAAACUCAGGGAGGAGCAAGAGGCAGCUAGGCGUCGUCAGCAGAAAGACAGAGACAGCAAGAGCAACACCACCACCCCGACCAAGGCGAAGGAGCACAAGGACUCCUGCGGGGAGGACGAGCGGCCGGGCCUGCUGACGGCGGGCAAGCCGUCCCCCAAACCCCGACGGGCGCGGCUGAUGGCCAAGAGCCGAAAGCUGGGGAGCAGGAAGCGGGGGCGCCCCAAGAAGGCCUCGGCCCCCGCCGCCGCCGCCGCCGCGCCCACCGCCGCCGAGCGCAAGAGCAGGAAGAGCCAGAGCGCCCUGGACCUGCUGCACGCCAAGACCCUCUCGGCAGCGCCCCCUCAGGAUGCAUACAGGUCACCUCACAGCCCCUUCUACCAGCUACCUCCCAAAGUUCAGCACUAUACAUCUGGGCAGCUUCACCUGGGCCACACCCCCCCGGCCCUGCAGCAGUUACUGGAUAACUUCAAGGUGCAGUACCUGCAGUUCACGGCCUACAUGAAGACGCCCCAGUACCGCAGUAAUCUGCAGCAGUGUCUGGAAAAGGAGAAGCUCAGACACAGUGAGCUGACUGGUCAGGUGGAGCAGCUGUACAGUGUGUGUCAGACCCACAAGGAGAAGAUUAAAGCGCUUUGUCAGGCCAAACUGGAGGAGCUGGGAGUGAAGGCGGUGACUGUGGAGGACCUGCUCCAGGCCCAGAAGGAGAUCGCAGCGCACAACCGGCAGCUGCAGGAGCAGACCAGGCAGCUGGAGAAGGACAACGCGGAGCUGCGGGAUCAAAGCCUGCUCCUGCUGAAGUCUCGCUGUGAGGAGCUGAAGCUGGACUGGGGCACUCUGUGUUUGGAGAGCCUGCUGAAGGAGAUGCAGACCCUGCGCAGGCAGAUCUGUGAGAACCAGCGCCACUACCUGGAGCUGCAGAUCAGCAUCGUGGAGCUGGAGACGAGCCAGAGGCAGCAGGAGCUACUGCAGCUCAAGUCCUACAGCCCCUGCGACGAGCCCCUCUACCGCAAGAGCCUCCCCAGCCUGGACCCCCGGCCCCCGCGGGACCCCGGCACGCCCAAGCUGGGCCUGGUCGCCGGGGCGAUGAACGGGCUGAGCCCGGAGCUUUCCAUGAACGGCACGGCCUCGCCCUGCGAGCGGGGCGGGGGCGGGGCCGGGGGCGGGGCCGGGGGCAAGCCCGAGCUCCUGUCCCGCUACCUGCCCAUCUCCCCCGAGCACGACAUCGUGCCCCCCACCCCCGACGCCCGCCACCGGCAGCUGGGGCACGCGCUGCCCGACUACACCCGCUUCUCGCCCGCCAAGAUCGCCCUGCGCCGCCACCUCAACCAGGACCCCGGCAACGCCCCCUUCCGCAGCCCCGGGGCCUUCGCACACAGGGGAGACCUUGCCAUGGUGUCACCUCCUCCCCUGGGGAUAAAGCAAGGCUGCCCAUCGCCCAGCUCUCCUGACACACAACAGAGCGCCACGCCCAAGUCUGCAGAAAGGGCGUGUAAGGAGAAGAGCCCGGCGGUUGCCGGGGAUACCAUCACCAGCCUGCCAAUCAGCAUCCCCCUCAGCACUGUGCACCCCAGCAAGCUGCCCGUCAGCAUCCCCCUCGCCAGCGUGGUGCUGCCCAGCCGGGCCGAGAGACUGAGGAACACGCCCAGUCCGGUUUUCCAGGGCCGGGACCCCACGGCUCAGAGCAACGGCAAGCAGCCGCACACCCCUACCUCAGGGUUCUCCUCGGGUUCUGUGAUGGUGAACGGCGGCUCUCACUCCGGAUCCUUCUCCCUGGACCACGAUUCGGCCUCCUCCUCCCCGCCCCCCCACUGCACCCCGCCGUCGGGCCUGCAGGGGCGCCCCUCCGGCUACAGCCCCCCGCUGGGCACCGGGGGGGUGCUUCAGUACGCCGACGGCCCCCCCAGGAUCCUCCCCGAGACGGGGCCCGGCGGCAGGCAGGCGGAGUCCGACUCCGAGCCCCUCCACGAGAGCGAGGCCAAGCGCCGCAUCUUCUUCUCCUCGUCCUCCUCCUCCUCCUCCUCCUCCUCGUCCUCCUCCUCCUCCUCCUCCCGCCAGCACCACGGCAAGCAAGGGCAGAAUCACCACGGCAACCACCACGGCAACCACCACCACCACCACCACCACCACCACUCGCCCGGCUCCUCCUCGCACGAGGGCCGCAAGCGGGGGCGGCGGAAGCGCGGCUCGGCGGGCGGGCUCCCUGCCGGAGGCUCCUCCCCCAAGAGGCGGUCCUUCCCUGGAGUGGGCGGGGUCAACCACCCCUCUGGCUCCCCCCUCAACAUCAACUCCAUGGUGAACAACAUUAACCAGCCGCUGGACAUCGCCGCCAUCUCUUCCCCCGAGCAGGCGGGGCGGAGCCCGUGCGCGACGGACCUGGACCAGCCCCCCGUCCUGAAGAGGGAGUGGCCCGUGGAGCUCAACGGCUCGGGGCGCUACUCCUCCCCGCCCAGCUCGGACGACGAGGACGCGGGCUACCCCGCCGACAGCUCCAGCUCGCGGAUCGAGAGGAAGAUCGCCACCAUCUCCCUGGAGAGCAGAGACUGCCCCCUGAAGGGGGGGGAAGGAGGUGGCUCGCUGGGGCGGAGAUCCGGAAACAGCAGCAGUGAGGUCUCCUCUUCCUCGUCUUCCUCUUCCUCGACCUCCUCCAGCAAGUGGAAGUCUACCUUCUCCCCGAUCUCCGACCUCAAGCAGCCCCCGGCCGACACCAGGCAGGGGGGCUCCCCCUUUGGGGUGGGCGGGGCCCGGGGCGGAGGAGGCGGGACCGACUCUGACUCGGAUCACAAACAGCAGCAGCAGCAGCAGCGGAGGGGGGAGGGAGGGGCCCCGGACUCCACGCACCCCUCCGGGACCCCCUUCCUGAACCACAACCCCUUCCUCAGCCAGGACCCCAGCCAGGGGUGCCGCGGGGGGGCCGCAGGGGGGGGUCCCGACCGGCAGCCGAAGCAGAAGGCCCCCAGGGACUGGGAGCUGAAGCCCGGCAGCCAGAACCUGUUCAUCUCCGCGGCGACGGCGGCGGCGGUGGGCGGGGCCGUCCUCGGCGGGAAGGGGGGCGUGGCCGCGGUGGUCUCCUCCGCCCCCGGGGUCGCCGUAGGACAGUACCUGGGGGGGCAGUUCCCCCUGGGGGGCACCUCGGUCCUCCACCCUCUGUUCGGGGGGCAGACGCCCGUUUCGGGGGGUGCGUCGGGGGCGCCCCGCCUGGUGAACGGACACACUUCCCUGGGGGCCUUCUCCACCACGGGCCUGGCCGGGGGCGCUGCAGGAGGUAUAUUUCACCACGUGGUGCCUUCAGUUUCCUCUCGGCAGUUUGGGGCCUCCUUGCCGGUCCCCGGGGCCCUCAGCUCUCUGCUCAGUCUCUCCUCCCAGGCCCCGUCCCAGCAGAGCGGCCCCCUGGGGCCCGCCUUCCUCAGCUCCGCGCCCUCCUCCUCUUCCUCAGCCCCGCCCCUCUCCCAGACGCAGCCCGGCCGCACCCAGACCGUCCUGCACUCCCCGCAGGCCCCGCCCCUCUCCCUGCCCCCGCCCCCUCCCCUGCUGACCGCCGCCUCCACCCCCCCGCCCCCCGAGCCGGCCCAGUCCCGCGGGCCCCACCCCGCGCCCCCCCACCACCACCACCAGAGAGCGCUGCCUUCGUCCCUCUCCCUCUCUGUGCCCUCCUCAUCCUCCGCUUUGGUGUCCGCUGGCUCCGCCCCCGCCGCUGCUUCCUCCCUCCCCCUCCCCUCCUCCUCCUCCUCGCGCGCUUUCACGGUGCACCACCCUCCCCUGCCGGCCCCGCGCUCCGCCCCCGCCCCUCCCCUGCCCCACGGCGGCGGCGGGGGGGGCGGCGUGGGCAUGUGGCGGACUUUGGGGAUGCAGCCCCCCCCGUACGUGGCCUCAGCCAGCCCCCGGCCCAGAUAGGG